CCCUUCCUUCCUCCCACCCCGCUCCAUCCCUUCGCCACCGCUUGUUCGCCACCCGCCAUGCCCUCUAGACCCCCCAACAAACCACUCUACACCCCGCGACCGCCGCCAGGCAUCAGAAGGAAACUCUGGGAAUGGUCCACUAAAUUCGAGUGCACCUUUGCACUCUCCAUGAUGCAGCCGUGGGAAAAGGCGGUCAUCUGGUCGACCUUGACAAUCAUCACCCUCCUCUUCUGGUUCUCCGUUUACACCUACCUCCCCGCCCACCUCGCCUACCUCUCGCGACGAUACGCGUACUAUGUUUAUGGCGACGAAGCCGCCCACCUCGACUACUUUGUCCCUAGAGUCGGCGAGUGGGUUGGAGGCCAUGUCGUGAGGGGCAUCGGUGAAGUACGAAAAGGCAUGGGUCUCGCCGCUGGAGGCAGGGUCGAACUGUAGACUGGAAGCCAACUGUUCGUGGCUCGCAAUGUUCUGCAGGGUGAAUCGCGGUCUGUGAAUCGUUAGGUCUGCUAGUCCGUCUGGGAAUUUUUUGGAUAUAGUGUUCCUUCAUUGUAUGUUCCGUAUGUCACACGCCUAAUGUAUUCACAUUCUCUUGUA